CCAAAAAGAAAUGAGGAAGACAGGCCCAAAUGAAGUUAGGGGUUUAAUUUUAACACUCUUCUUCACCAUCUCAACCGUAUAACCCUAGAUACUGCCCCCGCCCGCAGGCUUUGAGGAGAGAGAAAAUUUGAGCUACCGGGAAAAAUGGUGACAUACAAAUUCCACCAAUACCAGGUGGUCGGAAGAGCUCUGCCGACGGAGACGGAUGAGCACCCCAAGAUCUACCGGAUGAAGCUAUGGGCGACCAACGAGGUCCGCGCCAAGUCCAAAUUCUGGUACUUUCUGAGGAAGCUUAAGAAGGUGAAGAAGAGUAACGGGCAGGUUCUUGCUAUCAAUGAGAUUUUUGAGAAGAACCCAACCACAAUCAAGAACUACGGGAUCUGGUUGAGAUACCAAAGUAGGACUGGGUACCACAACAUGUACAAGGAGUAUCGUGACACCACCCUCAAUGGUGGUGUCGAGCAGAUGUACACCGAGAUGGCUUCCCGCCACAGGGUCCGCCAUCACUGCAUUCAGAUCAUCAAGACAGCCACUGUCCCAGCCAAGCUUUGCAAGAGGGAGAGCACAAAGCAGUUUCACAACUCUAAGAUCAAAUUCCCCCUGAUGUACAGGAAGGUGAGGCCACCAACGAGGAAGCUCAAGACCACGUACAAGGCAACCAGGCCCAACUUAUUUGUGUAAGGAGCUUCGACGAGUGUUGGAUGGUGAGAUUGACCUAUUUAUGCAAGUUAUCAGUUUUGAGUUUUGGUGGACUUAUACCUUGUUUGCCUUGAACAUUAGACUUUUAUCUAUAGGAUUGAAUGUUGUUAAUUUCAGAAUUCUGCUUCUUAUGAUGCUCGUCUUGUUUUCUGGUCUAUGUUAUUUUUUGUUCUUAUGUGGCUUCAGGCAAUCUAGAAAGUGAUUCUUGUGUAUUUUCGAGCCCUAUUACUGAUUAAUUCAAGAAUAGUUACCGACUA